AGACGUUUCCAGCUCCAACUCAAGUUCGUUAAAUACUAGCUUCACUAAACUUUAGCUUCACAACCUUCACCACACCGUAUCAUAUCCUAUCAUACGUUAUACUAGAAUUUUCUCUAAACUCGGCCGAGAUUCUUUUAGACAAACUCGGCCGGGAUCUUUACUAGACAAGGUGCGCCUCAAAUUAUUGGUAGUCCUUCUCUAAACUCUACCUUCACGGCCUUCACCACACCACACUAGAUACUAUAUAUGGAACCAGCGGGCCAUGUCGCCAUUGUCCCAACUCCAGGUUUAGGCCACCUGAUCCCGCUCACCGAGCUGGCCAAACGACUCGUCGUCCACCACAACUUCGCCGUCACCUUCUUCAUCCCCAACGACGGCACGAACCUGACACCGCAAAAGAAAGUCCUGCAAGCUUUGCCGAAGGUCGUAUCCUCCACCUUCCUCCCUCCCGUCAACUUCGACGACCUCCCACCAGACGCCGUGAUGGAAACCAAGAUUGCUCUCACCUUGUCUCGGUCACUCCCCGCUAUCCGCGACUCAGUUAAAGCCCUAGCCGAGUCGACUAUGGUUAAGGCGCUUGUUGUUGAUCUCUUUGGCCUUGAGGCCUUUGAAGUGGCCAAUGAGUUUAAUGUGCUGCCCUACCUUUUCUUCCCUACUACGGCGAUGCUUUUGUGGUUUGCGUUUGAGUUGCCAAAGCUUGACGAGACUACUACUUGUGAGUAUAGGGACUUGCCUGAACCGGUCCGGCUUCCGGGUUGUGUUCCGCUGCAUGGUAGAGAUUUCUCAGAACCGGUUCAAGAUCGGAGUGACGAUGCUUACAAGGCGUUGGUCGGAAUAUGUAAGAGGUUUAAAUCGGCUGCUGGGAUCAUGGUGAAUAGCUUUGCGGAUUUGGAACCGGGUGCUUUCAAGGCUUUCAAGGAGCAAGGACCAGGUCUCGGCCUUCCACCGGUUUACCCGGUCGGACCGGUGAUUCAGACCGGUUCGGCGGCUGAGUUAGGUGAGAAUGAGUGCUUGAGCUGGUUGGAUGCUCAGCCAAAGAGGUCAGUGUUGUAUGUUUCGUUUGGAAGUGGUGGAACCCUCACUAGUAAACAAAUGAAUGAGUUGGCCGCAGGGAUUGAAAUGAGUAGGGUGAGAUUCCUUUGGGUUGCUAGGAGUCCAAAUGAGAAACUGAAAAAUGCUACAUAUUUUGGUGCUCAAGGUCCCAACGAUCCCUUAAGUUUUCUACCCCAAGGGUUCUUAGAGAGAACCAAAGAUGUAGGUAAGGUUGUAAGCUCUUGGGCACCCCAGGUCCAAAUUUUGAGUCACGAGUCGACGGGCGGGUUUUUGACGCAUUGCGGGUGGAACUCGACGCUAGAGAGCAUUGUCAAUGGUGUGCCUUUGAUUGCUUGGCCACUCUAUGCCGAGCAAAAGACGAACGCAGUUUUGCUUGCUGAAGGAAUAAAGGUAGCAUGGAGGGUUAAGGUGAAUGAUAAGGGCAUAGUGGAGCGUGAAGAGAUUUGCAAGUAUGCGAAGGGACUGAUUGAAGGGGACGAAGGGAAAGUGCUCAGAAAGAAGAUGAUGGAGCUGAAAAAGGCAUCUCAACUGGCUUUGAGCCCUGAUGGGUCGUCUACAAAAUCACUCUCGGAAGUAGCCAAUAUGUGGAAGGAACACAAGAACUGAUCUGCACGUACAUUGUGUCAACUAAUGUAUGUUUUGGUAACAAAUUGGAUGAGACUAGUUUCAUCUUGCAUGCUUCAUAGUUACCUUGUUUGUUAGUUCACUAUAUUGAAAGUUUGCAAGCAUAUUAUAAGGAUAUAAUAAGGACAGAAAACGUGGUACUGCUAUAUUACCUAUGUAUGGUUGUUCGAUCAAGCGCCCAGAUCAUGGACCCCCGAAACUUAAUCAACGAUAAUGUAAUUGAUUUUUGAAACUAGAUAGUAUCAUCAUAAA